AUGUCCGGGGCCGCAUCGCUUCUCCCGCGCCUGCUGCAAUAUGCGCAGGAGCGGGUGGCCAGCGCACGGGCGGAAAUCCUUUCGAACCUGAGGGCAAAGACUGAGCUUCCACUGGUGUUGGAUGUGGCAUUGCCGGGUGCAGCUUACUUCUCCGUCGCAGCUGGAGGGCUCUGUGAUGUUCUGAACCUAUUGGGGGACGAUGUUGUGAAAGUUGAUCGCUUUGUUGGUGCCAGCGGCGGUGCUUGCAGCCUUUUCCUGAUUCUUGCGAACGACAAGCGAGGAGCCCGCGAGCAAACUGCCACUCCGGCCGCCCUCUGCCCCAGUGCUGACCUUCUGCUGCAGUCAUACCUCGAGUAUGCCGAGUCGGAGGGUUCCGGCACCGUCCAGCGAUCAUUCAACGCAUUCUGGCAAGCUGUGGCUGGGGUGUCUUCUUUCUGGGAGGACAAGUAUCGAGCCCUUCUUUCUCAAGAGCCUGCCUGGACGGCAAUUCGUUCUCGGGGCUUCUGUGCCGUGGCCGCUCGACCCCUGCGUCAACAGCUUUUCGGGGCUGCACCGUGCGAUGCCUCGUCGUACCGCGCCAAAGGAGACAACUACAUCUUCCAUAAUUUUGCAGAGAGGGAGGAGGCUGUUCAGGCAUUCGUUGCCACAGGGGAAGCCACUGCGAAGGGCUUUACCAAGGGCAUCCAAAUUCUGAGCCGUGAUCAGAAAUUCUCCGCGGGGCCAGUAGAGAAGGAGCCAAGCGCUUCUGCGUACAGCCUGCCUGCGAGCUUCUGCGAUGGUGGACGUCCGGCGAUCUUUGAUGUCCUCCAUCAUAAUCGAAGCCCCAGUGGGUACCUUUACUACAACACCUGGUUUGAGAAUGCCUCAGAAGCUGCCUUCUGCACAGCGGAGAGCAUUGAACAUCUUUACAAGCGGGGUGUGGACCGAACCAUCGACUGCUUGCUCAGCGAGUCCUUGGCAUCUCCGGUGCAGGGCAGCAAAGCAGGCAAAGACAGCAUGGUCCUGGCGCUUCCCGGCGCAGAUCCUGUCGCAGAGAUGGCAAAGAUCGGAGUGAAGACUCCUUUGUACGGCGGCUCCUUCGUGAAUCUCACGGCGAGUGAGGUCCGGGAGCAGAAAGCCCUCGCUUGA